AUGAAACUGUUUGAAUCGGAUUUUCGCUCGUUACUUGCUGCUCAAUUGCAAAAGAUGGAUGGAAUCGCUCAACAACAUGUCAAGGCGAACGCUGGAGUUGCCGUUCAAAAGCUUGCAACGGAUCGUGUGAUUGAAGGCUUGACUUCCAAAUUUCGACGAUUAUCUCUUAUUGACCUUAGAUCUGAGAGAACCGCCAUCGUUCAGGGCAUUUCAAGCAAAGUUCGAUCUGCCCGCCGAUCAGCUCGACAGUCACUGGAUUCGUUCCCCACAUGCUAUGUUGAGAGGAAUGAUCGAAGACGCAUCGAAGAAGCUUUGUUUCAAGCUCAUCUCACGUCAGACGAAUCGGUGUUUCGAUCUAUUUCUGUUGCUGCGAAAGAAAUAGGAGAUGGACUACGAGCAAACUAUGGAAUACGAACACGUUCAAUGGCUGCCAAUCCGUGCCAUCUAAGCGUCAAUGAAACUAACAAGAAGCUCGAAGAUCUCGUUGCACAAAUUGAUGAGAAUCGACUUGUUCAAUUUUCCUCUCGGGCUUGUUUGCCGCUAGAGCUUGCAGAUGUUGGUGGAAACGAUUACGCGUUCGACAUUAUCAACUAUUUUCUUCACAACCAGAUGCCAUGCGAAAAUGUUUCUUCCCACUUUCCUGAGAUUAAACGAGCCCAAAUGGUUGAUUGGAUUUUUUGGAUCUCUCGCGUGGUCAGGCUACCAAAUGAAUCGUAUUUUUUGGCAGUACACAUGUUAGAUAAAGCACUAAUGGUUGACAAAAAUAUUUCUGAAAUGUCGGAUGUGGAAAACCGAGUUGUUAUGGUGGCAGCGGUGAAAAUUGCUGGAAGAUUCGAACUAGGUCCCGAAUAUGAAAAUGAAAUGUGUAAUCGUCUUAAGUCGGUUGUUUGCAAUGAUAAACUACAGUGCCAAGAGGACAAAAUUAAUCAAUGGGAAUCACAGCUUCUGAAAUUUUUUGACUUUGCCGUUUCACGCAAACACUUAUUACACUUUCUUCUAUGUUUU